UCUUGUAUAAACGUUGAAAAAAAAAUUAUUUGUUUUGCGUUAUGUUUGAAGCUAUAGUGAACUUUUGAAUAAAAAAACAAAAAAAAAAAAUAAAAAAAUGAACAAAUGAGAUCAGUUUUUUCUUUUCAUUUCUUUUUUUAAUAUUUUAUAAAUUAAUUGAAAAAAUAUUGAAAAAGUGAGAAGAAAUAUGAAUUUGUGUAAGGUGUAAAGAAAUAUGAAUUUGAUUUCAAUAGCGGACUCAAAGUAACGGUAAUGAAUUUAAAGAAAAAGCUACCAACAAUUUUAGAACGAAAAUAAUAAAAAAAUGUAAGGAGGAAACACAGUAGCAGGGUCAUUAAAUAUGUGCAAAAAAGAAAGUUAAUGAAAAUUUAACACAAAAAAAAAAAUAAUUAAGAAAGAAGGAAAAUAAGUAAAAAUUUAAAUGUUUAAAUUUUGAUUAAUAGACUAAAAGUAAAAAAUAAAAAAAUAGCAAAUUUAAAAUAAAAUAAUUAAAAAAAUAAAAAUAAUAAGGUGCUUGUAAAAGAAAAUUCAUUCAAAUUAAUACGAAAACGGAGAACAAAAUUAGAUUUUGAAACAGCUGAGAUGACAUCAAUGUCAUCAUCAUCUGGAAUGAUUUCAAAGGCGGCAACAUCAAAUUCUGCAUCAUUCUCGUCAAUACAUUUAAUAGCUAUCAUACUAAUUUUAUGCUGUGACGGAAUUAAAGCCAGUUGGGAGGAAUGGUGGACAUAUGAUGGAAUUUCCGGACCAGGAUUUUGGGGCCUUAUAAAUCCACAAUGGAAUAUGUGCAAUAAAGGUAGACGACAGUCACCAAUAGAUGUAGAACCAGAUAAAUUAUUAUUUGAUCCUUAUUUAAGAUCAUUGCAUAUAGAUAAACAUAAGGUCUCAGGCAACCUUCAUAAUACAGGUCAAUCGUUGGUCUUCCGUGUCGAUAAGGAUACAAAACAACAUGUUAAUAUCUCUGGAGGACCACUUGCCUAUCGUUAUCAAUUCGAGGAAAUUUACAUUCAUUAUGGCACUGAAAAUAGUCAAGGAUCAGAACAUAAAAUUCAUGGUUAUAGUUUUCCAGGAGAGAUCCAAUUGUAUGGUUUUAAUAAAGAAUUAUAUCAUAAUAUGUCUGAAGCCCAACAUAAAUCACAAGGAAUUGUUGGUAUAUCAUUAAUGGUUCAAAUUGGUGAAACACCAAAUCCAGAACUUAGAAUAAUAACUAGUGCUUUUAAUAAAGUUUUAUUUAAAGGAAUGUCUACACCAAUUAGGCAUAUUUCAAUACGUUCCUUAUUGCCAAAUACAGAGCAUUAUAUGACAUAUGAAGGAUCAACAACACAUCCUGGAUGUUGGGAGAGUACAGUAUGGAUAAUAAUUAAUAAACCAAUUUAUAUAACAAAACAAGAGCUUUAUCAAUUAAGGCGAUUAAUGCAAGGAUCAGAACAAACACCAAAAGCACCUUUAGGCAAUAAUGCAAGACCAUUGCAACAUUUGCAUCAUAGAACUAUUAGAACCAAUAUAGAUUUUAAGCCGCCAAAGGGCCAAACUACCAAUUGUGCUACAAUGUACAAAGAUAUGUUCUAUAGAGCAAAUAAAUGGCAAACAGAAAUUGGACCAUCGAUGCCUGGCAGUCGAGGAGGUAGAGAUCGAGGUUUUGUAAAUUCAGAUUCAAUUUUUCCAUCAAUACACUAAAAAUUAAAAGAAAAACAUUACACUUAAUAUAAAAUUUAUUUGUAAAUAAAACAUAAACUUAUUUUUUAAGAAAAACUUAAAAAAAAUUAAAAAAAAAAAUUGGUUUAUAAAAAAUAAUAAAAAAAAACUAGAUCGCUUAAAUUAAAAAAAAAUUACAAAAACAAAAAAAAAUUAGAUAAAAAUUAUUUGAAAAAAAAAAAAAUAAUUAAUUAAAAUUAUACGUUAAAAAAAAAUUAUUAAUACUAUAAGGAUGUUGCAUAUAAUGUUUUAUACGGGAAGAAAAAAAAACUAAAAAAACAAAAUAAAAUUUAGAUAUAAAAAAAAAUAUUAAAUAUAAAAAUAAUGGUAAUUUAUCCGAAAUUAGGCCGGAAUUGUUCAAUUAUACGCUGUUAAAUAAUUGUUUAACUUGUAAAGCUUUUAGAUGAAGAACUAAAAAAAAAAAUUUUAAUUUAAGAAAAAAGAAAUUAUUUUUAUUUUGAGCUACAUUCUAUAAAAAUUUCAUUAAAUUGGAAAUUUUUUACAUGAAAUUUUAAUGAAAUUUGGAAUGAAAAUUUGGGAGAGAUACCCGAUGUUUCACUCUCUUUUGCAUUACACAAUAUCAUAAUUCUAACAAGUUGGAAAGGUACUACUUCGCUCGAGUCCAGAAUAGGCAUUGUGCGGUCAUUUAAUAAAUUCACAUAAGAAAACUAUUUAUUUUUACACUUAUUUUAAUAUAGAAAAAUCUUUCAUACAUUUUUGCCGCGAGAAGUUUAAAGUUAAUUGUCUCAAUCCUCUUAAUGUGAAAUAACAGCUUUAAACUAUGGUACACAAAAAAUUAUAGUCUAUAUGAAUAUCACACAACUUGGUAUAUAUGCAAUAUAUGAAAGAAGUUUUGCGUAUUUUAAAAAAUACUGACCCCUAUACUCAGAAAAAAUUUAUCAAAUUCUUGUAAUUCAUUCAAAUAUUACAAAAUCUAAAAUUCUUUGUUGAAUUACAAUCCGCAGUUUAACUAUGUAUUUUACCAUAAUUGAAUUUUUGUAAAUUUUCUUAUUGAAUUGUAAAAUUGCUUCAAAAGAAGCGCACA